GUAGUUGAAACACGGAUUGUGCCGCAACAUUUCGCCCAAAUCGUUCGAACCAAUCGGUUCGGUAGCAGUCAGUGUUGUGCCUGAGAAGCCUUAUUGUACGAGAGCGGUGUGCCUUGCCGUUCCUGCUGUUCGACGAGAUAACGACCGCCAGCGACCGUCGAUUCGAACUCGAGCCACACCAUUUACCGCAUCAGACCGUGGUGGGAGUGAGCAUCAAGACCAGUUUUCCCGUCGCCGGAGUGUGAGAAAGUAAAUGCCAAGUUGUACGCCUGUGCCAAUAUACUCUGUGAUAUAAUUUUAAAAAAUUAACAAAUCUACUUAUCGUGAAGAAACUAAAGUUUUGUCGAGUUUGUGGUGAUAUUGAGUGAAACGAAACGUAACACAGAAAAAAUGGCAUUUAGAGUGGUCGGGUUAUUGAUUCGCCAGGAAGUUGCUGCACUUGGCGGCAAGACAUCAACGCGCAUGAUCAGUAGCAGUACGGUUCGAUCUGCACGAAUUUUAAAAGACUCACCGAACGCAUAUCUCAACAAAAAUCUUCUGGAUCGUUAUCAGAAACUGAAGUAUGACCCCAAGUAUGUUCAGGCCACCUACGUGUGGAUUGAUGGUACAGGCGAACACGUUCGCUUGAAGGACCGUGUGUUGGAUUAUGUCCCGAAGAAGCCAGAAGAUGUCCCGAACUGGCAGUACGAUGGCAGCUCAACAUAUCAGGCUUUGGGCAAAAAUUCAGAUAUCAAACUUGUACCAAGAGCUCUGUACAAGGAUCCUUUUAAGCCAGGCAACAACGAUGUCAUUGUUUUGUGUGACACAUACGAGCCAGACGGCAAACCGACUGAAUCAAACAAACGUGCUGCCAUGCAGGAUGCCUACAACAAAACUAAAACCCAUGAACCGUGGUUUGGAAUCGAACAGGAGUAUACCUUUCUAGACAUCGAUGGUAGACCACUGGGAUGGCCCUCGGGUGGAUUCCCCGGACCACAGGGACCCUACUACUGUGCUGCUGGUGCUCAAAAUGUUGUCGGUCGUGAUAUUGCCGAAGCUCAUGCCCUCGCUUGUUUGUAUGCUGGAAUCGAUUUUGCCGGAACAAACGCCGAAGUGAUGCCUGCUCAGUGGGAAUAUCAAGUCGGACCGAAUCUCGGUAUGAAAUGUGCCGAUGAUUUGUGGGUAUCUCGAUAUAUCCUGUGGAGAAUCGCUGAAGAUUACGGUGUCGUUGUAACAUUCGAUCCAAAACCGAUGGAAGGUAACUGGAACGGUGCCGGUGGCCAUUGCAACUUCUCCACAAAGGAAAUGCGAGUAGACAACGGCAUCGAAGCGAUCAAGGCGGCCAUCGAAAAGCUCUCCAAACAGCAUGCCAAGCACAUCAAGGCGUACGAUCCUCGCGGAGGAAAGGACAACGAACGGCGUUUAGUUGGCCGACUGGAAACUUCCUCGAUUGAUAAAUUUAGCUGGGGUGUUGCUGACCGCAGUACAAGUGUGCGUAUACCACGCGGGGUUGCCGAAGCAAAUAAAGGUUACCUGGAGGACCGUCGUCCUAGUUCCAAUUGUGAUCCCUAUAGUGUUUGUCAUGCUAUUUUGACGACCUGUCUGGUUGACAAUUGAUUGUCCUAACCCGCAACAAAUCUAUCAAUACUUACUGCAAUUGUGUAUUCUCGUUAAAUAGUUGAACAAUGUUUCUCUCAGGUGGAUAGACUAGAUGCGUGUAAAAGUGUUUUCACUGUGCAGAAAAAUGAUAUCAUUUUGAAUCUUUGAACAAUUAUCACAUUAAUCGACGGAGAUAUUAUACCAUCAAGGAAUGCAAAAGCGAUUAUCAGACAUACAACACGCAGAUGAUUUCGAGCCACACGUUAUUUACACACAAGCCACUUUUAAUGAUGCUAGCAAAGAAACGAAAAUGUGUACCUUAAAGUAAAGUGCAGACAGACAAACUAUAGCAAAUUUAACUCAUGUUGCAAUUAGUGUAUUUUAGAUUAUUUUUUGUAAAUUUUUCCUAAGCAUGUUACAGGAAACGGUCGAACGAGAAAUACUGAACGCAUGUACAAGAAUUAAGGUAUACUUAAAAUCGCACCAACCAAGAUACAUACGGUUACGUUUAAGAAAAGAUUUGUUUUUAUUGUUUAUAAUGAUAAAGAUGAAUGUACGUAUUAUUGACUGACAGUUUUCGUUGUCUUUUAGAUAAUUUUAGGAGAUAUUGAAUGAGGAAAAGAAAAGUUCAUAGCUCAACUGUAUUUAGUUGAAGCACAACCUUGGGAUGUCAUAGAAAGUGUGUUUUUAUUGUUAACUUAGCGUAGUUUCUAACCAACAUUUGCGCAAAUUGGAAUUCAAACUGCUUCAAAGUAAAAAUAUCGCAAAAAGAUGAAUCGAUAUAUGUUAGAGAACGGUAAAUAAAGCAUAUUAAUAAAGUGUUCAAUUUAGCUAUCAAUUAA